AUGAACGAUCAGCUGCCCAUGCAGAUUCGCUCGCGGAGGUCACACAAUAAGUCCCGCGCAGGAUGUCAGAAUUGUAAGAAACGCCGUGUCAAGUGUGAUGAGAAAAAGCCACAAUGCACCAAAUGUGUGCGACAUUCGAUCGAAUGUGAUUUUGCUUCCCCGGCCUCGUCGACCUCCCCAGAUCCAACCCGCCGAUUCCGGUUUCGACCAUCCAAAUAUCAACCCGGUUCACGAACAUCACCUCCAAGCAGCUCAGCUGCAUCCGCAUCUACCGGAGUGCAAUGUGAUCUCGCCGGCAGUGGCCUUUCCGGCGGCAUCUCCUUUGCCGAUCUGAAGCUCUACCACCAUUUUGUGACCUCGACCUACAAAACCUUGACAGACGAGAAAAUGGACCACAAACGCGUCUGGUCACAUCAUGUUCCGCAAUGGGGUAUCUCGUUCCCCUCCAUCAUGCAUCUAAUCCUGGCGCUGUCGGCGCUGCAUCUGGCGCAUGGGGAUCCCGCCUCGCGCACGCAGUUCAUCGCUCAAGCGGACGAUCACUUCACCUUUGGCGUCCGAUCGGUGUCUGCUGUUCUGUGUCUGCUCAACACGGAAAACUGUCAGCUGAUCUACAUGUCUGCGGCAUUGAUUUGCCUGGUGUAUUUCGGUCGUGGACCCCGUCAUGGCGAGUAUCUGGUGUUCAGUGACACCGGCCAGUCCGAGUGGCUCGUUCUGUUGCAUGGUGUGCAUUCUAUCAUCUCGCAAAAUCAUGAUCGUGUCUUCACCGGAGUUCUAGAGCCGAUACCGGACAAUAGUAUCGGUGGGGUGAGUGCCGAGUUGCAGGCAGAACUGGACGAGCAUCUGCAACAGGUUCGACAAGUCCAGGCUUUUAUCCUGUCUCAUGUUACCGAUGAAAUGUCCCGAGCUAUGUUUGAAGCUACCUUAAAUGACCUGCGCUCGGCGUUAGAGGAAAUAUAUAAGAUGCGCAGCGCUGGGAAGGAUGGCAUCUGUCUGAUGCAUCUGGUGAUAGGGUGGGUGUACCGUCUACGGGAGGAGAUGAUUUCCCUUUUGGAGCAGAAGGACCGAUACGCAUUGGUUGUCUUUGGGCAUUGGAGUAUCUUACUGGUGUAUAUGCGGUCAUCGUGGCUGAUGCAGGGAUGGGAUGCGCAUGUGCUACAUGGGGUGCGCACGUCCUUGGGAGAGGAAGACCAGCACUGGCUUGCGUGGCCGAUCCAGGUGAUUGAAGGGGGAGCAUCUACACCUACUACUUCUCUACUGUGA